AUGGCUGCCAUCUUUGAUCCAAGCCUUCUCAGCUCUCCUCCCUUUGUCGUGGGCUCGCAUCUGCCCGCCCCGGCGCCGCGUUCAAACAUUGCCUAUGACCGUGCGAAAGCUAUCGCCCUGGCUUCAGGUUUGGAUCUCGAUGAUAUCUGUUCACUCAAACCCAAGUUCUGGGAGCUUCACCUGCAUCCAGUCUUACAACGAGAUGGGGCAGCCAUGACAUUGCUCACGAUUCAAUACAAUCUGGUCAUAGGCACAAUCGGACGCUACGCUCAGCGGCAACCCUACCUUCUAUCGCUCAUGAAAGAUCUCCUGAAGUAUCGCGUACACGGCCAGUUCCUGCUCACUGAACUGGGCCACGGACUCGAUGCGAAGAAUCUAGAGACGACGGCAACACUACUUCCAUCGGGAGGGUUCAACUUAUCAUCUCAUACACCGAGGGCAGCAAAGUUCAUGCCCCCCACUAUACCGGCCGGGGCUCCGACUAUCGGUGUGGUGUUUGCUCGCCUGCUUGUUGAUGCCGAAGAUCGAGGCAUUCGCCCCUUCAUCGUGACCUUGAAUGACGGCGUACACAUGACGCCGGGCGUGACAGCUAAAGCCAUGCCCCCUCGAGGAGGCACCCAGAUAGUGAACCAUGCCCUUACGUCGUUCGACAACGUUCAACUUCCUGCCACCGCCAUCCUCGGCUCUCUGGACGAGGCGGAAGACUUUUCAGGGCUGAUCACGCGUGUGGCAGUAGGUUCUCUGGCCCUCAGCCUCGUCUGCGUGAGCGUGAUAUCCACAUGUGCCACCAUUGGUUUCAUGUACAGUCGACGACGCACUGUGACGGGCGUCACAGGUGGUCAGAUACCCAUCUUUUCCUUCGUCACCCAGCAAAAGCCCAUUGCUCUCGCCGUUGCCCAAGCCUUCGUAUUCAAGGCUCUGGCGAAAUGGGCUUCCUCAUUCUUUGCGGAUGCAACGGUUGACCUACGUAUACGGCACGGAGUCGCUGCCGCGUCAAAAGCCGUGAUCACUCGGCGAGCUACGGAGGCGUGUCUUUCGAUCUCGGAACGCUGUGGGGCCCAAGGACUAUUUGGAGACAAUCAGAUGGCGGCGUUGUUUAAUGACGUUAGGAUGGUCAUCGUCGCCGAAGGGGACGUCCUCGUUCUUUGCAUCCGUUUGACGAUGGAGUUACUUCUUGGAAAAUACAGACUUCCGCCUUCCACGCACCCUGAAAGUGCGCUCGCGCAACAUGAAGCCGCACUGUUCGCCGAACUGUCCAGCAUCCUAUCCACUGCCUCUCACCAUCGCGACCCGGAAGUCAGCCGCCGUAUUCUUCCGCAUUGUCAGACUUUUGUUGGCGCUAUUGGUGAUCGCAUGGCCUACGAUGCUGCACUCGACGCGGGGGUUAUGCCUUCAUUGCUCGAUCUAUACGUUAGCGACGCUAUCCAGCGCGAUGGAUCAUGGUACUCCGAGCAGGCCGGAUUGAGCCGUAGUGAGCAGAGUGCGGCAGUACAAGCUGCACUUAAUGCGGUGCUGCCUCAGAUGGAAAGUCUCGUCGACGAUUUGGGAGUGCAGCCUUAUCUAACAGCACCAAUUGUGUCCGAGAAAACAUGGGCCCGAUUCGACAGUGCUCUGCCGACCUAUACAUCAUCUCAUAGCAGGGAUGGUGAUGCCACUGAUGGUGUCGAGCCCACCGUAGGCAGUAGAACACUAUCUCGAGAUCGUCUAUCGACGCGCCUGUAG